UCCAGGCUAGCCAGCCAGCCAGCCAGCCACGUGGGUGGAGCCUGAUCCGGCGCCCCAGCUCGCAUGGGGGAGUCGAUCCCGCUGGCCGCCCCGGUGCCCGUGGAGCAGGCGGUGCUGGAGACGUUCUUCUCUCACCUGGGCAUCUUCUCCUACGACAAGGCCAAGGACAAUGUGGAGAAGGAGCGCGAGGCCCACAGGAGCGCGGGGGGCAGCUGGCUGGCGCUGCUGGCGGCCUUGGCGCACCUGGCCGCGGCCGAGAAGGUCUAUCACAGCCUCGCCUACCUGGGGCAGAAGCUAGGGGGCCAGUCGUUCUUCAGCCGGAAGGAUUCCAUCCGCACUAUCUACACUUCCCUCCAAAAUGAGCUGAAGAAGGUGGUGACUGGCCGGACUGUGCUGGGUGGUGCUGUUCCUCACGUGGAAGAACUGCUGUCCCACCUGUCGGAGCAGCUCUGCUUCUUUGUUCAGGCCCGGAUGGAGAUUGCCGACUUCUAUGAAAAGAUGUAUGCCCUCAGCACCCAGAAGUUCAUCAAUGCGGAAGAGCUUGUUGGCCUUUUGGAUACCAUUCUCAAGAAAUACAGUGCCAGAUUUCACCACCCCAUCCUCAGUCCUUUGGAGAGCAGUUUCCAGCUGGAGGUUGAUGUCCUGAGUCAUCUGCUGAAGGCGCAGGCUCAGAUCUCUGAGUGGAAGUUCCUUCCAUCUCUGGUCAAUUUGCACAGUGCUCACACCAAGCUCCAGACCUGGGGCCAGAUCUUUGAAAAGCAGCGGGAAACAAAGAAACAUCUGUUUGGAGGACAGUCUCAAAAAGCCGUGCAGCCCCCACACCUCUUCCUCUGGCUGAUGAAACUCAAAAACAUGCUUCUGGCCAAAUUUAGUUUUUAUUUCCACGAGGCACUGAGCCGACAGACAACGGCCUCGGAAAUGAAAACCUUGACAGCAAAGGCCAAUCCGGACCUUUUCGGAAAGAUUUCCAGCUUCAUCAGGAAAUACGAUGCUGCCAAUGUGUCCUUAAUCUUCGACAACAGAGGUUCCGAGAGCUUUCAGGGUCACGGCUACCAUCACCCCCAUUCUUACAGGGAGGCCCCGAAGGGUGUGGACCAGUAUCCGGCUGUGGUGUCUCUGCCCAGUGACAGGCCCGUCAUGCACUGGCCCAAUGUCAUCAUGAUCAUGACUGACCGCACGUCUGACCUGAACAGCCUGGAGAAAGUGGUCCACUUCUAUGACGACAAAGUCCAGAGCACCUACUUCCUCACCCGCCCAGAGCCACACUUUACCAUCGUCGUCAUUUUUGAAUCCAAGAAAUCCGAGCGAGACUCCCACUUUAUCUCUUUCCUCAAUGAGAUCUCCAUCGCCCUUAAGAACCCCAAAGUUUUUGCCAGUCUGAAACCAGGCUCCAAAGGUUAGCAGGUGGUGUGCGCGCCAAGUUUGCCAGACCAGUAACUGUAUCCCUCAUCACUCUAACCUUUUCCGGAGCUCACGGCUGGAGUUUCCAUGUAUUCUUCCUUCCUUCCAGGCCAGCAGGGAGGCAGAUUCUCCCCAGCUUCACCACACACUUGGUGUGCAGUGAACUUGUCGUUUGAAUUAAGUGUCCAAAGAGUAAUCUGGAACGUGUGUCUCCUUGACCCAACAGAGCACCUUCAGUGUUUUCCAUGAUUUGUGUGAACUGAAUAUUUAUUAUCCUUUGGUUUUGCUUUUCAAAUGUAUAUUUUAUAUGGCUUUAAACAGUGAGUUCUAACACAGUCCCUUCUUCCUGGAUAAGUAAUUGGGAUGAGAUAUUAAACAGCCUUUUUGGGGGAAGUAAAGACUAUAUGUUUUCUAUCUCAAACUAGCAAUUCACUUUAUGAUUUGGUAGACAAAUUAAUCACUCUGAUGCCAAAAAUGAGGGUCUGGCUGAAGAAUUUCUCUCAGUUUUCUGAAACUGAAGGUGAAUCAGAGUGCUAACCUGGUUCCAGAAGGCCCUUGGAACAUGUUUAAUGACCUUGGAU